GAGCCCAAGGGCUGCAUGGAGUGGGUGGUCACCAUGUUCUCCGUGCUGAUCUUCAUCAUCACAUCGCCCAUCGCCAUCUUCAUAUGCUUCAAGGUGGUGGCGGAGUACGAGCGGGCGAUCAUCUUCCGGCUGGGCAGACUGAGCGUCGGAGCUCGUGGUCCCGGCAUGUUCUUCAUCCUGCCGUGCAUCGAUGAGUACCGCAAGGUGGACCUGCGCACGGUUACCUUCAAUUUGCCGCAGCAGGAGAUGCUGACGAAGGAUUCCGUGACGGUCACCGUGGACGCGGUGGUCUACUAUCGCAUCAGUGAUCCCCUUUACGCGGUCAUCCAGGUCGAGGACUACAGCAUGUCCACCCGCCUCCUGGCGGCCACCACGCUCCGAAACAUCGUCGGCACUCGCAACCUGUCCGAGCUGCUAACCAAGCGCGAAUCCCUGGCCCACAACAUGCAGGCCACCUUAGACGAGGCCACCGAGCCCUGGGGGGUCAUGGUGGAGCGCGUUGAGAUCAAGGACGUCUCCCUGCCCGUAUCCAUGCAGCGCGCCAUGGCCGCCGAGGCGGAGGCCGCUCGUGAUGCUCGUGCCAAGGUGAUUGCCGCCGAGGGUGAGAAAAAGUCCGCCACAGCGCUCAAGGAGGCCUCCGACGUCAUCUCCGCCAGUCCAUCGGCCUUGCAGCUGCGCUACUUGCAAACCCUGAGCAGCAUCUCCGCCGAGAAGAACUCCACCAUCAUCUUCCCUCUGCCCAUGGAGCUGCUGACUCCGUACCGUCACUAAAACUUAAGC